GGGAGGCGGCGCGCAGCUCCGUGCGCAUAUGCUCGCGCGUGGAUGCCGAGGCUUCAGCAUCGCUGCACGCUCCACGUCCAGGACGCAGAAGAGCAGCUCGUGGAUCCGGGAGACAUCAUGGGCAAAGUGCAGGGAGGGAUGAAGUGCGUCAAGUACCUGCUUUUUGUUUUCAACUUCAUCUUCUGGCUUUCGGGCCUGUUGGUGCUGGCUGUGGGACUUUGGCUCGGAUUUGACCCGGAAACAGCAGAGCUGCUGACGGGUGACGGAGCCCCCAACACCUUCUUCAUAGCUGUGUACAUCCUCCUCGGUGCAGGCGGGUUGAUGAUGAUCGUCGGGUUCUUUGGUUGCUUUGGAGCUGUUCGUGAGUCUCAGUGCCUUCUGGCAUCGUUCUUUGCUUGCCUUAUAAUCAUCUUUGGAGCAGAGGUUGCAGCCGGAGUCUUUGGAUUCGUAAACAAGGAACAGAUUAUUGAGGAGGUCCAAAAGUUUUACAGCAGCUCCGUCGCUGACGUCACCAAUGUGAACGGCACCGCCAUCGCCUCCAUUUACCACAGAACCCUGAACUGCUGCGGAGGCUCCACGUCGGACACCACCGAGGCGCUGUGCGGGCAGCCGGAGGAGAACAUCCGGGACUGCCUCACCGCCAUAACGGAGUUCUUUGAUGAGAAGCUGCAUAUUAUUGGAUUCACUGGGAUCGGCAUCGCGGGAGUCAUGAUCAUAGGGAUGAUCUUCAGUAUGGUUCUGUGCUGUGCCAUCAGGAACAACAGGGAGGUUAUUUAAAUAGUGAGCUGCCCCCCCCCCCUUCACUGACCACCUCCCCGUCUGAAGGGAAAAGCCAGUCAACUCAAUGCCAACAGAGAGGGCCACGCCCCACAGGUUUGGAAUCGUUAUCGUCACACCUUCUCAGCUCCAGCAGCACUGGAAGUGACCAUCUCCUCGCUGCUGGGUUUUGUCACAGAGUGGUUCGCUGUGAGCCACUAGUCGCUACACAAAGCCUUCUUUGACACGUGAAUGUGCUGUAAAUAUGGGCCACUAGUUAUGACGUCAUGCAGUUAACUUUGUUCAUUGUGACCUUUCCAGUCGACGUUUUGUAAUCAAUGCUUUGUGUGCUUAAAGGUUUUUAAGGACUAUAGCAGACGUUUGCCGAGUAGAUUUCCAUCGUGUGCCUAUUUAGUCAAACAGGAAACCAGCCUCCAGCUGGUACAUGUACAUACUGUCAAGUAUUUCUACUCUAAAGCACAAUAGAGGAAGUGUAGAUGUGAUGUAAACCUUAACUGUUAGGGAAGGUCUGAUGAUAAACUGAUCCGAAUCUCCAAAUUUAUGUAAAAGGUCACAAAUGACACUUCUGUACACCUGUGUGAACUAGUUUGCAUUUUCUGUGAAAUCUUUUCUGGAUGUAAAUUUUGUUGGUGUGCCAAUAAGAUGUGGAUUAUAGCAUAACAGUUUCUGCCACGAUGUUAACAGUAAUAAAACUAAAUCUUGGGUGCUUUUA